UUAUUUUCAUUCCCAAACUCUAAACAAUUUUCUCCAAAAGCCCUAAUCGACCUCUGUCGACUCAAAUUCCUCCUCCGCCCGGAAAAUCACCUCCACCACCGUCCACCUGCGUCGUCCCUCUUUGAAGUAUACUUGAAAAGUAUAGGAAAACCUCAUAAAUCACAUCAUCUCUUGCUUUCCUCUCGGUCCAUAUGCUUUCCUCGUUGACUCGCCGUUUCCCUGCAACAACAAUUGGUCUAUUGGUUCAUCAUUUAUCGCAUUUGACAAGGGGCUUAAUGUCAAAACGACAAGAAUAUAUGGAGUGGCCAGAAGAUGUGUUGCCGGAGCAAUUAACAACUACACCACUCAGCUACUCGACUAUGGCAAAUAAACAUCUCAGUAUAAUCUCACAGAAGCGCUGCUCUUUCUUUCUCAUUUCAUGGGAGAUAUUCAUCAGCGGCUACAUAACUUCAUCAUUGGCUUUCAAAUCCAGGGAGGAUCACAGGAAACAGAUGGAACUUGAAGAAGCCCGAAAAGCUGGGCUUGCUCCUGUAGAAGUUGAUGAAGAUGGAAAAGAAAUUAAUCCACAUAUUCCUCAGUAUAUGUCAUCUGCUCCUUGGUAUCUCAAUGCAGAGAGACCUAGUUUAAAACAUCAAAGGAAAUGGAAUUCAGAUCCCAAUUACACAAAGUCAUGGUAUGACAGAGGAGCAAAAAUAUACCAAGCUGAUAAGUACAGAAAGGGUGCAUGCGAAAACUAUGAAACACACAACCAAGACAUGCAUGGAGAGGCCACGUGGAAUGGGUAUGAUGCAACAUAUUAUGCUCAUGUGAUUGAACGAUAUGAAGCUCGUGAUGAAGCUAGAAAGAAAUUCUUGAAAGAUCAACAACUUAAGAAGUUAGAGGAAAAGGGUAACACUCAAAAUGUGGAAGAAGCUGUUAGUGAUGAUGAAGAUAAUGAAGAUGCAUUGAAAGUUGAUGAAGCCAAAGUUGAUGAGAGUAAGCAGAUGGAUUUUGCAAAUGUGGAAAAACGUGUCAGGACUACAGGUGGUGGUAGCACGGGUACUAUUAGGAAUCUGCGAAUUCGAGAAGAUACAACAAAAUACCUUCUGAAUCUUGAUGUAAACUCUGCACAUUAUGAUCUGAAAACUCGAUCCAUGCGUGAGGAUCCGCUUCCGGAUAUGGAUCCAAAUGAGAAGUUCUAUGCUGGGGAUAACCAGAAUAGACUGCUCCUUCACAAGCUGAAUUGUUGUAUAAGAAUUGUUGAGAAAUAUGGGAAUGUAGCUGCUGACGAGGCUCUUCCAAGAGAGCUUUUAUUGGGCCAAAGUGAAAGAGAAGUUGAAUAUGAUCGUGCUGGAAGAAUCAUCAAAGGCCAGAAAAGCAUUGCUUCCAACAAAGACCCUGAAUCUAGCAAAAAGCAUGAAGACAUCAAGCAACCAAGUCUCCUUCCAUUGCAGGAAAAACUAAGUGGAAAUUGGUUCUCCCAAUUCCAUGGGAUUGAAUGGGAAUUGGAAUCCAAUUCCAUUCUGAUCUUUCUUUUGGACGCAAGAUAUCAAACAAUGGAGAAGCACAAUCACUACCACUACCACCAGAAGCCACCACCGGUAGCACAACCACCACCACCUGAAGUUGAAGUUGAAGUUGUCGCCGGUAGGAAGGAGAUGAAAAGACAUAACUGA